AUGAACACAAGCUCCGAGCAAGCAGUGGCAGCUUCUUCCGACAAUUCAGAUUAUAUCACAAUCUCUACAGAAACAAUUAGAACGUCUCCUCUUGAGGUUCAUAAAGUGUGUCCUCCUCCUCAUGCUACCACAUUUCAAAAACUCAAGCAGAGACUUCGUGAAAUUUUCUUCCCCGAUGAUCCCCUCUACGUGUUCAAGAACCAGACUUUUCGCAGAAAAAUUGUUCUGGGUUAUCAGUAUGUGUUUCCUCUAUUACAAUGGGCUCCUACUUACAAUCUUGCACUCUUUAGAUCUGAUCUUAUAGCCGGACUCACCAUUGCCAGCUUAGCCAUCCCUCAGGGCAUUAAUUAUGCUAAGCUUGCAAAUCUGCCUCCGGUAAUUGGACUAUAUUCAAGCUUUGUGCCACCAUUGAUAUAUUCUGUACUUGGGAGUUCAAGACAUAUUGGCAUUGGUCCAGUUUCAAUAGCAUCAUUGGUUAUGGGCACCAUGUUAAACGAAGAGGUUUCUUUUGCUAAAGAAAGAGAUCUCUACACAAAACUUGCUUUUAGGGCUACUUUAUUUGCUGGUAUUUUUCAAGCGUCGUUGGGAUUUUUUAGGUUAGGUUUCAUUAUAGAUUCAUCAAAGGCAACUCUGAUUGGAUUUAUGGCUGGAUCAGCAGUGAUUGUGUCUCUCCAACAACUUAAAGGAUUGCUUGGGAUUACUCAUUUUACUAGCGAGAUGCAAAUCUUUUCUGUUAUGGAGUCUCUUUUUGGUAACAUAAAGGAGUGGACUUGGGAAACCAUUGUUAUAGGCCUUAUUUUCCUAAUUUUUCUUCUGAUAGCCAGGCAAAUUACCAAAAUGAAACCGAGGCUCUUCUGGGUUUCAGCUGCAGCUCCUUUAACAUCCGUUAUUCUAUCCACUCUUUUGAUUUUUCUUCUCAAAUCCAAAUUAAAACAUGUUCCCACAAUUGGUUAUUUAUCAAAGGGAGUGAACCCGCCUGCAGCAAACAUGCUAUAUCUUCAUGGUCCUCAUCUGGCCCUUGCUAUUAAAACAGGCUUAAUAACUGGCAUCUUAUCUCUCACUGAAGGAAUAGCAGUAGGAAGGACAUUGGCUUCCCUGCAGGAUUAUCAAAUCGAUGGAAACAAGGAAAUGAUGGCAAUAGGUAUAAUGAACAUGGUUGGCUGCUUCUUUUCAUGCUAUAUUACUUCAGGCUCAUUCUCCCGUUCUGCUAUAAACUACAACGCUGGGGCAAAGACAACUGUUUCAAAUAUAGUUAUGGCAGCAGCGGUCCUUGUGACAUUGUUUUUUCUCCUUCCACUGUUCUAUUAUACACCAAACUUAAUCUUGUCAGCUAUCAUCAUAACAGCUGUUACUGGACUGAUUGACUUUGCGGCUGCUUUUCGAUUGUGGAAGAUUGACAAACUUGAUUUUAUGAUUUGUAUUUGCUCCUUCUUCGGUGUUCUUUGUAUUUCCGUGCAGAUGGGGCUUGCUAUAGCUGUUGGAAUUUCAGUAUUCAAGAUGAUUCUCCAUGUUACAAGGCCAAACACGAUGAUUUUGGGAAAUAUUCCGGGCACUUGGACAUAUCAAAGCCUAAAUCGUUAUGAGACUGUGUCAAGGAUUCCAUCCUUCCUCAUUCUAAGCAUUGAAGCUCCCUUCUAUUUUGCAAAUUCAACUUAUCUCCAAGAAAGGAUUCUGAGAUGGGUCCGCGAAGAGGAAGAGAGGAUACAGAAAACCGAUGAGAGUGAUCUGAAAUGUGUAGUUUUGGAGAUGACAGCAGUGACAGCAAUAGAUACCAGCGGCAUCGACACUAUAGCUGAACUUAGAAGGGUAAAGGAUAAGAGAUCACUUCAGCUGGUGCUGGUAAAUAUAAAUGGAACUGUAAUGGAGAAGCUGAGUAAGUCAAAAAUCCUUGAUUCAUUCGAAUCACAUGGACUCUAUUUGAGAGUGGGAGAAGCAAUUUCUGAUAUAUCAUCUUCAUGGAGGAGUAGGGAGCCUUAA